AACACCCCUCCGCCUCCUCCAUCUCUACUUUCCCUCCUUCGCCCUUUUCUUUAUUCGUCCCGACUUGCAAAGGCGUUGAGGUCGCACCCACCUCGCUGCCUCAACAUGGCCGACUUUAUCGACUACUCGAGGCGCAACCGCACCCCUUCGCCCACAGACAACGCCGGGCAGUCUCACGGACAAGGAGACAACAACCCCUUCUCCGAUGGCGGUGAUGUCGAGCACGAGAGUGGUGUGGCUCAGCAGCGACCUGGAGGUAGAGGUCACCACUUCGACGUGGAGUAUCAGCACACUGCUGCUCCCGAGGAGGGUCAGCACCAAGCCUCCGGCACCGACAAUGGCGCUUUCUUCGACCCAGAGUUCCCGGAGGCAGCCCAGGCCGAUGGCGAUCUCGAGAUCGUCUGGUUUCCCCACGUCGUUGCUCGUUACCCUUCCAUCGGCAAGAUUGGCAAGCUGCGUGUACAAUUUCGUCAGACCGUAUCAUUCGGCCUCACGAUCGGCGCUCUCGGUCUCGUCCUCGUCGCUGCCUUUGCUCACUAUCUGAACCCUUUCAAGAAACGCCGCCCCCAUGUCGGCACCGACAGGGAAUACGAGCGCCGAAUCACUGGCGAGCGCCUUUCCGGUCGACCGCAGUACUACUCCGAGUUCUGGGGCUACAGAUGCGACGAGCACGACAUUGUCACCGAAGGAGGAUGGAUUCUCAAAGCUCAUCGCAUUUCAGACCCUCGCCGCGCCGGUCCCCCCGGCCACCCCGUCAUCCUGCAGCACGGUAUUCUUUGCAACUCUUCGCACUUUUUCCUUUGCGAGGAGCGUUCCAUGGCGUUCUGGUUGGUGGACCAGGGAUACGAUGUCUGGGUCACCAACAUUCGUGCGAACUUCAACGCCGGCCACACAGAGUACAAUGACUGGGACCCUCGCUACUGGGCUUGGGGUCUCAAGGAACUUGCUCUCGACCUCCGCGAUGUCGUCGAGUUCAUCUCGGGUGCCACUGGCUCUCCUCGUGUUGCGUACGUCGGUCACUCGCAGGGCAGUGGUUCGAUGUACCUCGCUCUUUCGCCGGGCAUCUGUCCGGAACUGGGCAACAAGUUGAGCAGCUUUACCGCCAUCGGCCCCUCCGUUUACGCCGGUCCGGUCCUCCGAAAGUUCCCCUUCAGCUUGAUGCGCCAGUUCAGGUCCAGAAAGUGGUGGUCUUUCGUCUUCGGCAUUCGCGAGUUCAUUCCCGCGAUCGGUCUCUUCCAAAAGUACCUGCCCGCAUUCUGGUUCGGCCACCUCGGCUACGUCGUCUUCCACUUCCUCUUCGGCUUCAGCGACACCAUGUGGGCUAGACGCCACAAGCCCAAGAUCUUCCGCUCCCUUCCCAUGCCCACUUCAUCAGAGCUGCUCUAUUGGUACAUGGCAUCUUUCAGCCACCGUGGGUGCAUCUUCGACCCUCGUGUCCAGGAGCCAUGGUUCCCUCGCACCUUCCCUCGUCACACCGUCAUCGGUGGCUCCCUCGACAUGCUCGUGCUCGCCAGGCCUCUUUUCGCUCGUCUGGAAAAGUUCGAGCGCAACGUUGACAUCGUGCACGCCGUCGAACUGGAAGGCUAUGAGCACCUGGACUUCAUCUUCGGCACCGACGCAUACCGCACAACAUACCCUCUGAUUCACGAGACUAUUCAAAGCUCGUUGACCGACUCUGAACGCAACCCAGAGAUGGCUGAGCGUCGUUGAGUCACAUGCUCCCUUGCACGCUCUGCCUUCACUACAAGCGAUAUCAGGCAGCCCGAUCUUGCGUACUCCAACAAUCUUUCGACGCUUCGCAUUGUUUCAACUUUUCUUCAUUGCAAACGACUCCGACCUACCUUGGAGCAUUUGCUCGAUACUCCCGCGAGUCACACUUGUUGCCCCAGCCCCCUCUUCUACCUGCC